AUGGGUAUUCAAAGUUUAACUAAAGUAAUUGGUGAUCAUUGCCCAAAUGCCGUCAAAUCAAACGAGAUCAAGAAUUAUUUUGGACGCAAGAUAGCAAUCGACGCUUCUAUGUCUCUAUAUCAAUUCUUGAUUGCAGUAAGGCAAGAUGGACAACAGUUAACAACCGAUUCAGGAGAUACAACAAGUCAUUUAAUGGGCAUAUUUUAUCGAACUAUUCGCAUGGUUGAAAGCGGCAUAAAGCCAUGUUAUGUUUUUGAUGGUAAACCACCAACUCUAAAGUCUGGAGAACUUGCUAAACGUAUGGAGCGAAAAAAAGAAGCGAAUAAAAAACUUGAAGAAGCGCAUGAAAAUGGUGAUGCAACAAAUGUUGAUAAAUACAGUCGUCAAACUGUUAGAGUUACAAAAGAACAUAACGAUGAAUGUAAAAAGCUUCUGAAUUUAAUGGGCAUUCCUUAUGUGGAGGCUCCAUGUGAAGCCGAGGCUCAAUGUGCAGCUUUAGCUAAAGCAGGAAAGGUAUAUGCCGCUGCAUCGGAAGAUAUGGAUACUUUGACAUUUUCUACACCUGUAUUAUUACGACAUAUGACUUAUAGCGAGGCGAAAAAGGUGCCGAUUAGUGAAAUGCACCUCGAUAAAGUUUUAGAAGGACUCCAAUUUACCAUGGAUCAAUUUAUCGAUCUUUGUAUUCUUCUGGGCUGUGAUUAUUGUGAAUCUAUUAAAGGCAUUGGGCCGCAUCGUGCAGUAGAACUUGUUAAAAAGUAUAAGAACUUAGAAGGAGUUAUUAAUAACAUUGAUACCAAAAAAUAUCCAAUACCAGAAGAUUGGCAUUAUGAUGAAGCACGUGAAUUAUUUCGUAAUCCGGAGGUUCUAGAUCCUAAUGAUGUUGAGAUAAAAUGGAAAGAUCCUGAUGUUGAUGGCAUUUUGAACUUUUUAGUUCGUGAAAAAAGCUUCAGUGAGGAUCGUGUGCGAAAAGGCAUAGAAAAAUUAUCAAAAAAUUUAAAAGCUGCAACUCAAGGGAGAUUGGAUAGUUUCUUUACGCAGGUUCCUUCUAACGCAAAGGUUCCUGCAAAGCGUAAG